CCCAUUUUCUGUUUACGAAUAGUGUGUAGGGUAUAGAAAAAGCAUAAAAAUAUAAUCAAUAUUUUCCGCUUAUGUUUUGUCGAAAGAUUGCUACCGAUAAAACUUUGUGGCAAUUUUAUAAAAAACUUCGUAAAUAGCAACUUAAAAAAAUGACCUCUGGUCCAGCAAUGGACAGCUUCUGGAACUGUCUGUCCAAAGACGUUGGACGAGUUCCGGACACUAUACGCCACGUUUUGGAGGUGACCGAAUAUAUCAAUGCGGCUUUAGCGUACAUCGGGAACGACGAGAUAUCGGCCAUUGAGCAGGACAUUAGACAGCUGCCGGAAAUUAUGGGCAAAUCAGCCAGAGAUUCCUCCAUGCAAAAGUAUUUCGGUAGAUUCGUGAACGCUCCGGAACGGUUUAGAUUUAUGGCUGGGGAACGUGCGAUUUUGAAACUUAUUGCAUCGUGUAUCCAGCGUAAAGGUAUCAACCAUUACCUUCGGUUUGCUGAGAAACGCGAAAAAGACUGGAUGACACAGGGAACUCAUGAAUCGAAUGCGCAGGAAGUGAGAAGAAAAAUCAUCGACUUUUACAAUGAGAGAUGUGAUGGGAGUGCGGAGCAGAUUGAUUUCUGUAAUCGUGUAGCAGAUAUCAGAGUAGAGAUACUUGAUGCUGAUGAUGGUGGCCUGGUUGCUCGUGUAAGGUGCGUUUUUUGCUCCGGAGAAAAUGACAUAAGCUGUCGCCCGGAACGAGUCGGGGGUAACUGGAAGGUUUCCAACUAUCUUUCGCACGUACGAAAUGUUCACAAAGCAAUAAACGCUCCAGCGUCGAUUCCGCGACUAUCGGGGAAUCGCAAUCAAUCGAACACUUCACCUCCGAUAGAGUGUACCGGAGAGGGUUCUAACCUAUGCAACACUAACAGCUUUCCCUGCGAACCCUGGACUAACUCGAACGAUGUUAGCUCUAGCAAUCAUGAGAAUAUGCGCAAGCGAUCGCUGAAUUCGUUUGACGAUUUUGAGUUUGUUGUUAAAGAAGAACAAUUUGGUGGUACAUAAUAAUUUAAAAUGAUCUGAAUAAGUCCAAUGAUCUGAAACAUUGGACCGUAACCAAUAGAUAAACCUCGCUAUGUUAGGUUUUACGGAUAUUUUAACAACUAUAUAAUUAUUUGUUAGUAUACUGUACUGUGUUUAUAUGUUUUUCGUCUCGGUAUGACGAAAAAGUCUGCUCAAAUAUAUAACAAAAAAUGUCCUAGAAAAUAUAACGUACAUUGUAAUAAAUGGCGAUAA